UGAACCGUUAGAUGGGCGGGGAUAAAGCAGACAGCUUUAAUAUAGCGGCGACACCCGCGUUUCCAGCGCGGGGAGAAGGAAGUGUUUGUUUCAGACCUGGUUUCGUUGUACACCAACAAUCAUGGUAAAGAUCUUUGUUGGGAACCUGCCAUCAGAGGCCGAGACUGAUGAGAUCCAGUCGCUCUUUUCUCAGUACGGGACAGUCACAGAAUGCGCCAUCAUCAAAAACUUUGCUUUCGUCCACAUGGAUGAUCGCAAGAGUGCCACAAAGGCAAUCCGCAGUCUUCAUCUGUACAAGCUGCAUGGUACACCCAUUAAUGUUGAGGCAAGCCGUGGCAAGAACCAGGGCCCAGUCAAGCUGCAUGUGGCUAAUGUAGAGAAGGGUGCAGAGGAAGAGCUCAGGGCUUCAUUUGAAGAAUAUGGUACAGUAACAGAAUGUGCCAUAAUCAAAAACUUUGCAUUCGUACACAUGAGCAACUUUGACGAGGCCAUGGAUGCAAUGAAGGGCUUGGACAACACUGACUUUCAAGGUAAAAGAAUUCACGUCCAGAUCUCCAAGAGCAGACCACGAGGAGAGGACGAUGGUUAUGGUCCAGAAAGUGGAGGCUACUGGCCACCCCGUUUUCCUGAUGAACGCCCUGAGCCAGGUCCUCCUGGCUACCCUAGAGGCCGCUACGGUUACCCCCAUCCACCACCACCUCCCCCACCUCCACCUAGGCGCCCCCCCUAUGCAGAGCGCGGCUAUGCUUCAUACGAUCGUGAACGGGAUGGUAACGGGGUGGUGGAUUAUUAUGAGAAGUAUCGUGCUCGUCCCUACAGCCUUUCCUCAUAUGAGGAGCGCAGAAUGGGCUCUAUACCCCCACCCCCUCCACCCCCUUCAUCUGGCAUCAUGAGGGAGCGAAUGGCUCCUUCCGGUCUUGACCCCUAUGAGCGACGUCCAAUGCCUCCCCCGCAAUCCUCAUAUUAUGCCAGAGAUCGUAGCCCCAUCACAAGGGCCCCACCAGCCCCUGCAGCAGCUGCGGGAAAUGGCUAUUCAUAUGAGCGAUCCCGUCUCUCCCCUCUUUCCAUGUCCCGGCCCCCCAUGUACGGCGCGCCUCGUUCCAGGGACCCCUACUCUGACAGGUUGCCUCCACCACCACCACCUGCGCGCUUUUCAUACUAAAGUGAAUGUCUGCACUUGUGUACCCAAGGUGUAAAUUAUCCGACAAGAUCGUCGUUGUUGUCUCCAGGUGCACACGACGCAAUACACCCCUCGUCUGACGGAGCGCGUUUCGUUUGCCUGCGCCUCACAUAUUGGAAGAGUUCUUUUGCGGACUUCACACUUUAAACUUAAACGCUUUUACUCGACUCGAAUUCAGUCCUUUUUGCUUAAACUGUAACCCUUUGCCUAAUCUGUUCUGCUUGUUUUUACUAUGUAGACUUCAACAGGUGAUUGAGCUAUUCUAACGUAAAGCAGACAGGCUAAACAUUUUAGAUUCUGUUAAACUAUUAUUACAGCUAUCGCUGUUUCUCAAUGUGGCAGUUUCACUGUCAGCAGUCAGAGUUUAUGUACGUUUUUCUGGUAUUUCUGUAAAAUCAAAACGUUUUGUGUAAUUUGGAGGCUAAGUUUGAAUCUUUUGUAAGCUGGUUAAACUUUGUACCUGCCUCCAGGAUGAACAGUCUUGGAGUGGAUUUAAUGAGUACACACGUGCGCCUUGCGAUUUAAAUUAAUUUGAUGAGCAAUAAGAGCGUAAUUUGAAAUAAGUUGUCAGAUUUUCUUUCAAAUGGAAAUUUCGUUGCAGAUUGGCAGUCCCUCGCAUACCAUGUUUUCUUUAUAUUUUGUUUUUAAUAAAAAAUCUGACUCAUG